AUGAAAGGAAUUAUUGGCUAUUAAUCUUGCAUUGGCUGUGGUCUCAAAUGCCACCAGCACAAAAGGAUUAAAUCUUGGCCUCUCCUUUAAACAGGAACAAAGGCCAGCGAUGCCAUUGACACAGUCUUUGGAUUGCUUAAUGAUUUAAAACAAUCUAACAUCGAUGCCCAAUUUGCUGCUGACCAAAAGAACGAAACAGACGAAUGGGUUGGUGCCUAAACCAUUGAAUAAUUCACUAAAAUUAAGACUCUUAACCAAAAAUUGUUCCAAUAGGCUGUCGAAAACAGAGCUGAGUAUGAAAACGUACUUAAAUAAACCAAAAACUAUUUGGCAUGGAAUGAAGCCAGAAGAGAUUCAAUUGCUGCUAAAAUUGAAACACUCCAAGACAACUAAUGUUUCUCCAACUAAUUAUUUGUUAAAUCCAUCAAGCACAAUUAAGAAGCCUUAGAAGUCAUCAGACUCCUCAAAUAAGAUGUUGCUGGAUACAUCGUCAAUGGAGAUUCCUUUGAAUUCACUUAAGUCUAAGCCUAAUCAGUUGCUGAAAAAUUGAAGUAAUACAGCAACUUAUUCUAAGAACACUAAAUCAAAUCAUUCUUGGCACUUGCUUAAGAAGGAUAAGCUUCAGAAUCAUCUGGACAUGGAUAAACAUUGGCUGAAAGAGUCUUGGGUGUCCUAGAAGGAUUACAUUCAGAAUUGGAAGGAUCAUUAGAAAAUUUGAAAUAAAAUGAAAUCAAUGCCUCAUGGGAAUUGGCUGGAUGGGUCUCAUUGUCUGAAGCUGAAAUCACCUCAUUGGAAGUUGAAUAUGAAAGAAAAUAAGUCUUCGCUGAUAGAACUGCCACUCAAAUCUAAGCUGCUUUAGCCCAAUAAGCCAAAUCAAAGAUCAUCUUAUAAGAAUCUUAAGAUGCCUUAGAUUAAGCAUAAGCUGAUUUGGAAUCAAAGAGAGCUGAUUAUGCUGAAGCCAAGGCCAAGAGACAAGAAGAGAAUGCCAUCUUGGAUGAAGUAAUCAUCAUGUUCAAGAAACAAGUUGCCUCCUGGUCUGGAAGAUGAUAUUCUUUUUAAAUACAAAAUUAGUCAAUCACAAAAUUAAAGUUUUA